CUUUCCUUUCUUUCUGUUCUGAUUUAGUGGGAAAGAGUCGAAAGACCCCGUGUAUCUUCCCCCUUUCCUGUAUUGUUUAAGGACAAAAGGCAGAGGAAGAAAUGAGCGAAGGAGAGAGCAACAUGGAGUGGUGUAUUUCAAUGCCAAAGGUGGAACUACACGCUCACCUCAAUGGAUCCAUCAGAGACUCGACACUGCUUGAACUUGCUAGAGUACUGGGUGAAAAGGGUAUCAUAGUUUUCUCAGAUGUGGAGCAUGUUAUCUUGAAAAAUGACCGUUCUUUACGCGAAGUGUUCAAAUUGUUUGACCUGAUCCACAUUCUUACUACUGAUCACACAACUGUUACAAGAAUUACCAAAGAAGUUAUUGAAGAUUUUGCCUCUGAAAAUGUUGUAUACCUGGAGUUAAGAACAACUCCCAAGAAAAAUGAUUCUAUAGGAAUGACCAAACGCUCUUACAUGGAAGCAGUAAUGGAAGGUCUAAGGGCUGUUAGUACGGUUGAUGUUGCUUUUCCAGCUCAUAACGUGGAUGCUGGAAGUCCUAUUAAAUCUCCACCUGUAAAUGAUAUGUGUAAUGGACCAACAAGAAAAAAAAUAUAUGUUAGGCUUCUUUUGAGUAUUGACCGUCGGGAGUCCACUGCAGCUGCAAUGGAAACUGUUAAGCUUGCACUGGAAAUGAGAGAUUUAGGAAUAGUUGGUAUUGACCUUUCUGGAAAUCCGGUUGUGGGUGAAUGGGACACAUUUUUGCCAGCAUUACAGUUUGCUAGAGAACAUGGUCUUUAUAUAACUCUUCACUGUGGGGAGGUACCUAAUCCGACAGAGAUACAAGCAAUGCUAGACUUUAUUCCCCAGAGGGUUGGCCAUGCUUGUUACUUUGAAGAGUAUGAUUGGAAGAAGUUGAAAUCCAAUAAUAUCCCGGUUGAAAUUUGUCUGACUUCCAACAUUGUGACUGCAUCAGUUUCCUCAAUAGAUGUUCACCAUUUUGCUGAUCUGUAUACCGGAAAACAUCCAUUAGUCCUCUGCACUGAUGAUGCUGGGGUGUUCUCCACGAGUCUUUCCAGAGAGUAUAAUCUUGCUGCUUCUGCAUUUGGUCUUGGAAAGAGGGAACUGUUUCUGCUAGCAAAAAAUGCAAUUGAAUUUAUAUUUGCGAGUGAUGGAGUUAAGCAGGAUUUGCGAAGGACUUUUGAUUUCGCCUCUAAGAAGAUGGAUUUAUGAUUACAUUCCCCUUGAGGGCAUAUGUAAAGCCUGCUGGUUCAGGUAGCCAGGUAUCCGAACUUUUUGUAACCAUGAUGAUAUUUGACUUUGAAGGUUUCUUAGCUUGGUCUUGUCGAGUAGUCAUUCCCUGUCUUUUGGAUGAUUUGUUAGAUAAUUUUUGGGAUUGCGAGUUGCUGUAUGAUCAGCAUGUAACUCAGUGAUCUAGGAAGUAAGGAUUGGCAGUUAGAUUUAUAAUAUAUUCAUCUUGAUUUUUCUUUUCAA